GAUCGGCGAAUCGACGCGGGAGGCGGAAGCCAGAGCAGGGAUCGAGCCGUGCCAGCGCCGACUCAGACACGGUGGUGUGGACUGUGGAGCGGAGCCCCAGUCCACCAGCAGAGUCCACCAGCAGGGUCAUCGUCCACCAGCAGAGUCCACCAGCAGGGUCAUCGUCCACCAGCAGAGUCCACCAGCAGGGUCCACCAGCAGGGUCAUCGUCCACCAGCAGGGUCCACCGUGCGAGUCGACCAGCGAUGAGGCUGCUGCCUGCGCUGGGAGCGCUGCUUGGCGCUCUGCUGGCGGGAGCCCAGUUCGUGCCCCCGUACACCGAAGAGUGCCGGAGUGGCAUGUACCCGCCGAAGGGACCCACGUACAAAGGGCAGGUUCCCUGGUACAAGAUCGACUUGGACCUCCCGCCAGCCCAGCGCUGGACCAAGCUGAUCACCGAGAAGAAAGCCGAGUUGGUGUCGCUGGUCGACCUGAUUAAGCAGCUGGCAGGAGAUUUCUUCCCGAGUGGGAAGCUCGUGGAGAUCAUUGACGUCGCUCUGGGCCCGCUCGCUAGCACAUUCCCAGCCCCUUUUGCAGAUGAACUCAAAGGGAUCUCCGAAGUCUCUGGGGUGCCUUUGGGUGAGGUGGUUCUCUACAAUGUGUUCUACGAGGUUUUCACCGUCUGCACGUCGUUGGUCGCCAUGGACACAAAAGGGAAAAUGUACCACGCGAGAAACCUGGACUUUGGAUUGUUCAUGGGCUGGGACUCCAGAAACAACUCGUGGAUGGUGCCGGCGCGCCUCGCGCCCCUCGUUGUCAACCUGGACUUUCAGCGCUCGGGAAAGACCGUGUUCCGCUCAACCAACUUCGCCGGAUACGUGGGGAUGUUGACAGGAAUGAGGCCUGCUGCCUUCACCCUCACAAUGAACGAGCGCUUCAACAUCGACGGAGGCUACAUCGGCAUUAUUGAGUGGAUCCUGGGGCAGAGGGACGGCCAUUGGAUGAGUUUCCUUACGAGAUCAGUUCUGGAAAAUGCAACCAGCUACGACGAGGCUCUGAAGAUGCUCACGGACACGCCCAUGCUGGCGCCCGCGUACUUCAUCCUGGGUGGCGCCGCCUCCGGGGAGGGCUGCGUGAUCACGCGCGCCCGCAAGACCACGCUCGACGUGUGGAAGAUGGACCCCGCGCAUGGCCUGUGGUACGUCUUGGAAACCAACUAUGACCACUGGAGGCCUCCGUUCUUCCUGGACGACCGCAGGACGCCCGCCAUGCUCUGCAUGAACCGGACCACGCAGGCCAAUGUCACGCUGGAAACCAUCUACGAUGUCCUUUCAACCAAGCCUGUCCUCAACAAGCUGACCACCUACACGGCGCUCAUGGAAAUCGGAACGGGCACCUACGAAGCUUACCUGAGGUCCUGCCCGGACCCGUGCAUGCCCUGGUGAUGACGACCCUUCGACGUUACGUCCCCCCAUGCGCGCUCACCGGUGUGCGUCUCUUGAUGGCAAACGCUUUUUUUAAUAUAAACGGCAGCCCGUAAGAACGUGAUUAGUGUGAGUUGCACACAGUGCUUUGGGAAUUAAAACAUGCGCACGCACAUCUAAUUCCAUGGGCAAAAAAAUGCGGUUCGUGUUUCUGCGCUCACGUAACUCUUUAACGUCAUCUUGCAUUUGCAGCAUUCCUGCCCUAACAAACAGGCGCACACCAUGGCAGGCGACUUAUUUGUGAGCGUGAAAUAUUUGUUGUACGAAGCCAAGCGUUGAGGUGCCGCAGUGGCGAGAUGUUGCCUCCCUCACUUAGUAUACAGGAGGUCGUGGGUUCGAUCCCAACCCUGACACCUGUUGCAUAUUUGCAGUUUGAAUUUCCUCCCCGUGGUCGCAUGGAUUUUUGUCUGGGUACUCCGGUUUUUUUCUCCACAUUUAGAAUCAGCAUGCGUUUAGAGUAAUUUGGCUGCUAUAAAUUUCCACACGAUGAUAAUACACUUUGUUGAGCUAUCAUUUGUGGCCAGGUCGCUUCUGAAAAAGAGCUCAGUGGUGCCUUACCUGGUAAAAUAAAAUGUUUAGUUUUUGUAUUCAGUUAUUAAUGACAAAUCGGUACCCCGAGUGGAGCAUUCUCAACCAUGUUCCACCUGGCUCAUCCACUGACCCACUCGCUCACGUGGGCAAUGCAUUACUCAAGCCUGCGCCUUUCUGCCUUGGCAAAACUCUAAACUUGAACCGCGUUGGAUAUCAUUUGAGGUGCACACUGCGAGAUUUACACUUUACAUUCGGUUUCCAACGCUCCACAUCAACCACGCCGCUGCAUUGGCAUAUUCAGAGGAUGCAACUUUACUUUAGAGAGCGACGUUUCUAAUGGCUGCAAAGUACGAGUUUAUUCCUGACGCAGAAGAGCCAAACUAUCUUAAUUCAUCGGUACAUUUCUGGGCAUUAUUGAAAAAAAAACGCACACCCAUUGACUUAAUUCUAAAUGUUAAUUUUUUAUAUCCGCUCCGAUAACUUUAUAACCGUUUUUUUUUGCGAGCACAGCUGAGCUAGAUGAGCUUGCUGCACUUUCUGAGAAAUGCACGAUGGGUACGGCGGGCGAGUGAUUUGUAGCUUCUAAACGAUGGGUUGGUUGCAGAGACAUUUCAAGAGGGGGUGUGGUGUUGGGUGUCCUGACGCCUAUGGAAAGUGGCUGGAAAUAGUGAAUGCUGUCAAAUAAGUAGAAUUUUCCUUUCAAUGUUUAAUUGAGACUGAAUUUUUGCAUCGCCGGAGAUUUUUUUUAUUGAAUCUUGGACAUGUGAUGUUCCUAUCACGUGUUUUUUACUCACACUUGAAAGUGUUUGUAAAACACUGGGGGCAUUUAUCCAUGUGAGUGAUGGCACAGUUACAGUUUAUAUCCGGGAUCCUAUGAUGACCGAGUGCGAUGGUCGCGUUUUGGUUGAACGCAAACUUUCCUGAAAUCGUGUGGUUUACCGUUGAUUGAUAAGCUGUUCGUUUCCCUGUCGACCUAUAACUCUGUUUUCUGGUGUUGCCUUAGGACCAGUUUUAUGCUUGUGCAAACGUGCAGCAUUUAAUGCACAGCAAUUUCUUUUUGAGAAUAACACGGAGAGAGGGAGUGGGGGGUGACUGUCAGCGAUUGCUGCUGCUGCUGGACAUGGGGACUUGCCUCGGUGAGAGUAGAUUUUUGCACAUCUCUGGAUGUAAUGUUGUCGCUGUAACAAGUAUUUUCACACCAGCAAUACUGGAACACUGGGGAAUAAAAAAAAAUCUAUGUG